GGGAAAGAGAGAGACCCGUUGCCUGGCCGGGAGUGUUAGCGCCGACCACGCAUGCCUGGACAUAUAAGUACACUAACGACCAAGUCGAACCCAACGGCGGUUGGUGGUUACCAAGAAGUCGGCAUCGUCUUCGAGUCCCAACACUUCGUCCAGCAUCCGAGGUCCAGGAUUCACCGGACCGGACUCCAGCGUCGUCGAGCGAAUGCCUGGGACCUGAUGACGACUUUUCCCCGGUCACCUGCGUUCACUCCGGCUCUGUGUAUAAAUAUCAUCACGAUCGGGUUCCUCUCCCCGUGCGCCAUCAACAGCCUCGUCGAGGAAUCCGCGCGGCCUGGAAGGCGAGAAAAGGAUCACCGCGAGUGCUAUUGAAAAACAUGGAAGGAAGAACGGAAAGACGUAUCCACUUUACCGAGGCUAAAGACCCGGCUUUGGUGGAACGAGCUGGUAUCCUUCCUGCGGAGUUCGCC